ACUUGGAAGGGCACUCAAUGACAUGGUGUUACAGGGGUUGGUCCCAGAGGCAAAGCUGGACUCAUUCAAUCUGCCAUAUUAUGGGCCUACUGCAGAGGAAGUGAGGAGGUUGAUUGAGGCACAAGGAUCUUUUACUCUCAACAGACUUGAAGUUUUCAAUAUGGAGUGGGAUCCCAACAUGAACAGGGACGAGGGGUUUGACGAGCAAGAAAGUGGAAAACUUGUCUCAGAUAUGCUGAGAGCAGUGGGAGAGCCCAUGCUGAAACAUCACUUUGGACUAGAAAUUAUGGAUGAUCUGUUCAGUAGGGUUACUGAGAAGAUAAUUGACUGCAUAGUGACAGAGAAAUGGCAGUCCACUAAUCUAAUCGUUUCCUUGACAAGGAAGGGUGCUUGAAGGUUUAUGUGAAAUAAUUUAUAUGCUAUGUCCAAUAAUUUAUGAUUGAAAACA